CGCGAAAACCGUCCACUCGUUCAUUACUUUCGUGAACGCUCAAGAGAGCAAAUUGUCUCGGUUUUGUUCUUAAAUUUCCUUGGGAAGUCCCUAUUUAACAUUCAAGAUGGGUAGGGAGGACAAGACCACCUGGAAAGCCAACUACUUCGUCAAGAUUGUGCAACUGCUCGAUGAGUACCCCAAGUGCUUCAUCGUGGGCGCCGACAAUGUCGGUUCCCGCCAGAUGCAGACCAUCCGUAUCUCGCUCCGUGGCUCGGCCAUCGUCCUGAUGGGCAAGAACACGAUGAUGCGCAAGGCCAUCCGUGGUCAUCUGGAGAACAACAGCAACCUGGAGAAGCUGCUGCCGCACAUCCGCGGCAAUGUCGGCUUCGUGUUCACCAAGGGCGAUCUGGCCGACAUCCGCGACAAGCUGAUGGAGAGCAAGGUGCGUGCCCCGGCUCGUGCUGGUGCCAUCGCUCCGCUGGAGGUCAUCAUCCCGGCCCAGAACACCGGUCUCGGCCCCGAGAAGACCUCCUUCUUCCAGGCGCUGUCCAUCCCGACCAAGAUUUCCAAGGGUACGAUUGAAAUCAUCAACGAUGUGCCCAUUCUGAAGCCCGGUGACAAGGUCGGAGCUUCCGAGGCCACGCUGCUCAACAUGUUGAACAUCUCGCCGUUCUCGUACGGUCUGCAGAUUGAGCAGGUGUACGACUCUGGUUCGAUCUUCUCGCCGGAGAUUCUGGACAUCAAGCCGGAAGAUUUGCGCGCCAAGUUCCAGGCCGGAGUGGCCAACCUGGCGGCCGUUUCGCUCGAGAUCGGCUACCCGACGCUGGCUUCCGUGCCGCACAGCAUUGCCAACGGUUUCCGCAACCUGCUGGCCAUCGCCGCCGUCACCGAGGUCGAGUUCAAGGAGGCCGAAACGGUCAAGGAGUUCAUCAAGGACCCGAGCAAGUUCGCCGCGGUCGCUGCCCCGGCUGCUGCUGCUGCUUCGGCCGCUCCGGCUGCCGCCGCCAAGGAGGAGAAGAAGGAAGAGUCCGAGUCCGAGGACGACGAUAUGGGCUUCGGUCUGUUCGAUUAAGGGGUGUACCUACAUCGAGCCUCAAUGUGUGUGCGUUCUGGGUGGGUGGUGCCGGGGCGCUCUUCAACGGUCGUAUCUACUCGUCCGGGGCUUAUGACGAUGGGUCCCACUGGCGAUAUACGGCCGAAGGUUCCCGGUGCCGUCGCCCGGCUGCACGUUGAGUACGCAAUUAUACAUGCAAACAUGUAUGUUUAAAUAAAAUCAUCUUAAAAGAUAAAAAAAA